AUGGACGGAAGGAGGAUAACGGCAAAUCCACGGCCGUCUACUGGUCGGCGGGUGGUGGCGAAGAAGCGAACCCGCGGGGGUGUUGAUGGGUUUGUCAAUAGCGUUAAGAAGCUUCAGAGGAGGGAGAUAUGUUCGAAGCGGGGACGUGCUUUUAGUAUGUGUGAUGCUCAGGAGAGGUUCAGAAAUAUUCGAUUACAGGAGGAGUAUGACACCCAUGAUCCAAAGGGACACUGCUCUACGGUAUUGCCAUUUCUUAAGAAGAGGUCAAAGAUUAUUGAGAUUGUAGCUGCUCAUGAUAUAGUAUUUGCUCUUGCACAAUCUGGAGUAUGUGCAGCAUUCAACCGAGAAACUAACAAGAGGAUAUGCUUUCUGAAUGUCAGUCCUGAUGAAGUUAUAAGAAGCUUGUUUUACAAUAAGAACAAUGAUUCACUCAUUACAGUUUCUGUGUAUGCUUCAGACAGCUUUAGUUCCUUGAAGUGUAGAACGACAAGGAUUGAAUACAUAAGAAGAGGUCAACCCGAUGCUGGUUUUGCUCUUUUCACAUCAGAAUCUUUGAAAUGGCCCGGCUUUGUAGAGUUUGAUGAUGUAAAUGGGAAGGUACUCACAUUCUCGGCGCAAGAUAACAUUUACAAGGUGUUUGACUUGAAAAAUUAUACGAUGCUAUACUCCAUAUCAGAUAAAAAUGUACAAGAGAUCAAAAUAAGUCCUGGAAUCAUGUUGUUGAUAUUCAAUAAAUCUAGCGGCCAUGUUCCUCUCAAGAUCCUCUCUAUUGAAGAUGGGACUGUUUUAAAAUCUUUCAACCAUCUCCUUCAUCGACAUAAGAAGGUGGAUUUUAUUGAGCAGUUCAAUGAAAAGCUUCUAGUCAAGCAAGAGAAUGAGAAUCUUCAGAUUCUUGAUGUACGCACUUCGGACCUAAUAGAAGUUAGCAGGACAGAAUUUAUGACUCCAUCGGCAUUCAUCUUUCUGUAUGAGAACCAGUUAUUUCUGACAUUCAGAAACCGGACAGUAGCCGUCUGGAACUUCCGAGGGGAACUUGUGACUUCAUUUGAGGAUCAUUUGUUGUGGCAUCCUGACUGCAACACUAACAACAUAUACAUCACAAGUGAUCAGGAUCUUAUCAUCUCAUAUUGCAAAGCCGACUCUGAUGACGCAUUAACAGAAGGAAACGCAGGUUCGAUAAAUAUCAGCAAUAUUCUGACAGGGAAAUGCCUCACUAAAGUAAAGGCAACAAACAAUCUCCCCAUAGACGAAUGCAGUUGCAGUGAUGGUGGACGUAGAUGCAAGUGCAACUCAAGGAGACGGAUACAAGGUUCCAGGAUUGCAAGCUCUGUUACAGAAGCCCUGGAGGACAUUACUGCCCUUUUCUACGAUGAAGAACGUAAUGAGAUAUACACUGGCAAUAGGUUUGGCUUGAUCCAUGUGUGGUCUAACUGAAGGUGUGAUUGCCUUUCAGAUGAUGUAAACAAAAAGAAGCUAUAUUUAGUUUUCAAGAUGAUUGGUAAUCUGGGUAGGCUUGUUCUUGUGGCAAUGGCAAUGCCAUAUAUGUUCUUUUGAGGUGGUGGGGAGUAAAAUGGUUAAUUUGUGUUGAAUGAUUACAGUCUGUUUGCAU